GGCUUUUAAAUUCCGUGGCCCCCUUUGAUGGGGGCCGCUUUCGAAAUCCGCCACAACAGCCACGUAAAUCAGAAGUUUGAUACGUUGGACCGACCGAGAAGUAUAAAUCACGCGAGAAAAUCAUAUUCCUCCCCACUGUCCGGAACGAAUCUUCUUUAUGAAGGUCACCGAACAACGUCAGAAUUAAGACUGUGGGACUCUGCGGUUCAACUGUCUAAUCCUGUUCGCUUCAAAAAUUAUGUUUCCUUGCUUGGAUCUGCGUAGAAUACUGUAUCGUAUAUGUAACCGUUUUUAAACAGCGAGAUCAUCACGAGAAAAAGCGGUAAAAGAUGAUUCAGAAUGAGUAAAUUGAGUUUGAAGAAGUAUCGAGCGAAGAAUAAAAGAUCACAGUUUGAAAAUAUAUUGCCAAACAAUGUCAUUGAAAUAACAGAUGAUGAGAGCGAUACGGCAGAUGAAUCUAGGAAGGACGUUGAAUCCAUAACCGCGUCAUCUUCUAAUCAAAAUUAUGAUGAAGAGACUCUGUAUAAGUUUCAAAAAUCUACAGACAGUGGAGAGUCUGACGAGGAUGAGCAAGGCUCAAUAUUUGAGUCUACGUCAAAUCCACGGGCAAAAACUUCAAUGUUUGAUUGGAAUUACAAGAACUCUCGUCCAAAUAAAAAUAUUAAAGCAGUAAAAGAUGAUUCUUGUUCCUCUGAUGAAUCUACUUCCUUUGAUUCAAAAGGGUAUCAUUCUAAGCAAGUGAAAAAAAAGAUUAAAAAUGAUCAUAAAACAAAUAAAGAACCAGAAUCUAAGAAAGAUGAUCCACCGGAAGUGGCAAUGCAGUACGAGCAAGUAAUAUCAGGGAUCAAGGUGAAAUUUCCUGCCAAGCCUUACUCCUGCCAAAUGGCAGUAAUGAACAAGGUUAUACAAGGUUGUGUGAAGAGCGAGAACUGUCUUUUGGAAAGUCCAACAGGUACAGGAAAGACUUUAGCUCUUCUAUGCAGUGUUUUGGCAUGGCACGAUCAUCAUAGUGCUCAAGUGCAGAAGGAGCAGAAGUCCAACGUUAAUCCGAUAGACGAUGGAGAUUUUAACGAUUGCGGUGCAGGAGUCUUAUACACAUGUGAAGCUUACGAUGAAGAGUAUUUGAAGAAGUUCGACGAACCUACUAAAAGAUCCAAAAUUCCUAAAAUAUAUUACGGUACUCGAACGCACAAACAAAUCCAACAAGUUACAAGGGAAUUGAGAAAAACCGCUUACAAACAGAAAAAAAUGACCAUUUUGAGCAGUCGAGAGCAUACGUGUAUACAAGAGUCGAAUAGAAAUAAAACGGAACUCUGCAAUGAUCUUUUGGAUCCUCUGAAGGGUAAAAGAUGUCCGUUUUACAACGAAAGCAACAAGAAAUCCAUUAACUCGUUCACCUCCUUGGAGAUUCGUGGUGUGAAUUCGGCGUGGGACAUCGAGGAUUUGGUAGCUAUAGGAAAAGAGGAAGGUAUCUGUCCUUAUUUCGCAGCCAGGAAUUUGAUGGAAUUCGCGGAUAUUAUCUUCUGCCCCUAUAAUUACAUCAUCGACCCUGACAUCCGCGAGAGCAUGCAAAUCGACUUAAAGGACGAAGUGGUCAUCCUCGACGAAGCCCACAACAUCGAAGACAUUUGCAGAGAGGUGGCAAGCGUGGCGUUUCGCGAGGAUCAACUCGUGGUUGUCGCGACCGAAUGUGAAGCCCUCACGAAACAAAGGGAGGAUGAUUUCGCCACUUACAAUACUAUAAAAGUCUAUGUUCUUAAACUGGUGAAGUUCAUGAAGACCAUCAGUCUCGAUAUUGUCGACAACAUCACCGACACUUCAUCCAGCCCGUACUGGACCGGUGCAGAGUUACUCGAGUUGUUUAACAUGCACAAUCUCGGGGAAUCCGUGUAUAAAGAGUUUCUGGCAGCCUGCAACGCGGCAAUGGCCGACGUAAACAAUAUGAAGGAAGAGAGCCGGAUGCAUCAAAAGAACUUGAAGCCGAUUAUCUCUCCCAGUACUCAAACGACGUUAGGACAUUUGGGGUUCUCUAUGCGAAUGAUCACUACGCCCCAAUACGUGAACGAUUACAGAGCAUGCGUGAUCGAAAACACGGUCAAAGAUUUUAAAUUUCUGGCCGAGGAUACGUGGCAAACGUUUAAAAAACAAGAACACCGUGCACGGACUCUGAAAUUAAUUUGCAUGAAUCCGGGAGUGAUCUUCGAGCCACUGUCUCGAUCAGUCCGAUGUAUAAUACUAGCUUCGGGUACCCUCACUCCUACCGCUUCUUACCAGAGCGAAUUGAAUACGACAUUUUCACAUAUCUUGAACGCCGGCCAUGUGAUACCAAAGGAACAAGUUUACGCGACCUGCAUAUCGAAAGGACCGAAUGGAAUUCAGCUGAGAGCGAAUUAUCAGACUGUAAACAGUUGGGGUUUUCAAGAUGAACUAGGAUUAGUAUUACUGCGUAUUUGUGAGUCAAUACCCCAUGGAGUUCUUUGUUUCUUUUCCUCGUACAACGUAAUGUACAAACAAACCGAGAGGUGGAAGCAUACUUCCACUUGGAAUGAAAUCUCGAGGAUCAAACGAGUAUUCGUAGAGCCACGUCACGGAAGUGAGCUAGAAUUUAUCAUGAACGAAUAUCGUGAGGUGAUAGAGAAUACAUCGGCCGGACCAAUAGGAAAAAUAAACGGUGGUUUGUUUUUAGCAGUUUAUAGGGGUAAAGUAGCCGAGGGAAUCGAUUUCAAAGAUAACGAGGCUCGUUGCGUUGUUUGUGUUGGGAUACCGUUCCCGGUGAGGAAAGAUCCAGUAAUUGAUAUGAAAUUUAAAUACAAUGAUGCUAAUACCGCGAAAGGUCUGUUAAGAGGUACAGAAUGGUACUCCAUACAGGCAUUUAGAGCUUUAAAUCAAGCGUUGGGUCGCUGUUUGAGGCAUAUUAACGAUUGGGGAGCAGUUAUACUGGUGGACGAAAGGUUUUUAUUACCAGAGUACAAAGCGAAUCUUCCAAAAUGGGUGAAAACAAUGUGGGUUAAUCAAAAGAAUUGCAAUUUUAUGGAUGAACUUCGCGACUUCGUAAAAAGACGGAAGGGAGAGCUAUCGUAAUUAAGUAAUGUUUUAAAAAUUAGGUUGGAACUAUUGAUUAUUAAUUUUGUUAAAAUUAUAUUUAAACCAAAAAAAUAUU